UGGACACCUUGGGUCGUCACUAGUUACCACAGCCACAAAGUCAGAAACCCCCUAUUUCUGCAUUUCUCUUCUUAAAAUCUGAUUUCAAACCUAACCCGGACCUUAACCCUAACCUCAACCACAUUCAUAACCUUAUGCCAAACCCUGGCCUUAAAUUAAGACCAAAAAGCUCAUUUUAGUUUUCACACAUUUUCUCCCAAUAUAGCCAAUUCUGACUUUGUUGCUGUGGUAACUAGUGGAAACCGACACCAUGUCCCGGGCUGGUAAGGGGUGCCACUUGAACAGCGGGAAACAUGACCUCACUUCUGUUUUUAGAGGUACCAAUACCAAGCGCGGCAGCUAUAUAAAAGAUGAUGGAUCUCAGCCUCACUCAGAACAGAAUUGACACUGACCACUGGAAGUUGAGCCACUGGACUACUUCUCACCACACAGACAGACUAGAUAUGGGACUGAAAGGCGUUGAAAAGCUGGUCACUGGUAAGGGGUGUGAGGGGAAGGGGGCAGGUGAGCACCUGUCAGGGGCGUUUUCAAAGAGUCUGUACGAGGCAGCCGUCAACCAGGAGAAACAGGAUGCCCGGAGGUCACACAAAGACCUCAUCCAAGAGGAGAUUGAGAACAACACUCAGGAGGAGAUCACAGUUGUCAAUCUCAAUACAGACAAAUCAGGCCGGGUGAAGUUAGAGACCGUGGAUGACCUUUUCAACAUCUUGAAACUGAGGAAGAGGAGGAGGGAGAGGAAGGUGCAGAACAAGAAAGAACCUGAGCCAGAGAUCAUUCCCGACACAGUGGAUGAAGAUACGUUCCUGAAAGCAGCAAUGGAGAAUAAGUUGCUUGUGAUUGAGAAGUACCUGUCAGGUGGAGGUGACCCCAACGUCAGUGAUCAUUUCCUAAGGACAGCGCUACACAAAGCCUCAUCUAAGGGCCAUGUGGAGGCUGUGAAGAGACUGCUGGAGGCUGGGGCUUCUAUUGAGAAGAAAGAUAGAUUGGACGCCACAGCAGUACACUGGGCCUGCAGGGGAGGCAGCCUACCUACUCUGGAGCUGCUACUCAAUGAAGGAGGGAGGUUCAACUCCAGAGACAAGCUGCGCAGCACUCCUCUCCACGUGGCAGUGAGGACUGGACAUUAUGAAUGUGCUGAGCACCUCAUCCAUUGUGGAGCAGACGUUAACGCUAAAGACAGAGAUGGAGACACACCCAUGCACGAUGCUGUGAGGAUAAACCGAUUCAAAAUGAUCAGGCUGCUGAUGAUGUAUGGAGCCAGUCUUAAAACUAAGAACAGUGAAGGCAAGUCCCCUAGUGAGAAUCUUCUGGCUUGGCAGAGUGGCACUAAGAACAUCCUGUGUAACGUCAACAAUGACAAAUCUGUCAAGUAGAGCAAUGACUGAGGUCUUGGGGAAAUCCACCCAAUGACUGAGGUCUUGGGGAAAUCCACCCAAUGACUGAGGUCUUGGGGAAAUCCACCCAAUGACUGAGGUUUUGGGAUAAUCCACCCAAUGACUGAGGUUUUGGGAUAAUCCACCCAAUGACUGAGGUUUUGGGAUAAUCCACCCAAUGACUGAGGUCUUGGGGAAAUCCACCCAUUCAUUCAGAUGAUUAUUAAUAUGUGAUACUGAUUGAUUUGUUGAAUGCUGAUAUUGCUGGCCAAUAUUAGGGCUGUAGCUUCCAUCCAUUUUGAUGUUGUGUUUAAGUUGUCAAUUGAGAUUCUGGGGAGAAGAAUGUAAGCGUUGGUUAAUGAGCAAGACAAAUGCAACGGCAUGAUACAAAGUGACCUGUUUACAGUAUAUUUAGUUUGAACAUUCAAACGAGUUUUAACCAAAACUAGUUUCUGGUUACAUUCACCUGUUUUAACACACAGACAGAAGUGAUAACAGUGAGCUGGUAAGGAAAGUUGUUGUUGGUUAAGAGGAUGUUUUGAACAGGAAAUUGUUUGAGUAAUAUUUUUGAUGUUUUUUAGAAGAGAUUCUGGAAUGCAAAGCGUCAAGAGACCUCACUGAGUUUUGUAUGUAUUGUAAAGUUCAUCGGUAUAUUUCGCUUGAUAUUUAUUGUUCAAGUCAAUAAACCAAUCUUAUGUUUUAAAAUA